CCCAAGGGUUUGGGGGCGGCCGUCCUGCCCCAACACGUGGUGGUGACAUCAGUGCCGUGGGGCAGCCGUGGGGCAGCUGUGGGGCAGGAGGGCGGCAUGGAGGGGCCUGGAGCCCAGCACGUGCUGGUGACCGGCUGUGAUGGUGGCGUGGGGCUAGGGCUGGUCAAACGCUUCCUGGAGCUGCCGAGCCCCCCGCGGCGCCUCUUCGCCGCCUGCACUGACCCCGACGGAAAGGCUCUCAACGAGCUGGCUCUGGGCUCCCCCAGCCUCGUGGUCCUGCCCCUUGACGUGACGGACGCGGGCAGUAUCGGCGCAGCGGCAGGCCGGGUGCAGGAGGAGCUGCGCGGCACUGGCCUCGGCCUCCUGAUCAACAACGCGGGCACGCGGCGCCGCAGCACGCUGGAAACCGAGACGGCCGAGAACAUGGCGCUGCUCUAUGCUACCAAUACUGUCGGUCCCCUGCAGGUCACACAGGCCUUCCUGCCCCUGCUGCGGGAGGCGGCGGAGGCCGGGCGCGGGCAGGGGCUGAGCUGCAGCCGUGCAGCCGUGGUCAAUGUCUCCAGCGCCAUGGGCUCCAUCGGGGUGGCGGCAGCCUGGGGGGACGCGCAGGACAUCUCCUACCGCUGCAGCAAGGCGGCGCUGAACAUGCUGACGAAGUGCCAGGCCCUGCAGUACGGCGACAGCGGGAUCCUCUGCGUGGCCAUCGACCCAGGCUGCGUGGAGCCAGCGCCGGGGCGCGAGGCGGGCCCGGUGACAAUGGAGGAGAGCACCCAGGGCGUCCUGCGCGUCCUCGCCGGCCUCUCGGCCUCCAGCAAUGGCACCUUCUGGGACUGGCGGGGGCAGAGGCUGCCGUGGUGAGGGGGCACCCCCAGCCCCGGGGCUGGAGAUCAAUAAAUGGCCACGGCCACACUGGGA